AUGUCAAAGUCAUGGGCAUCGACGUUGAGGCUGCCCCGAUCCACCUUUCCACCGCGGCCGCUGCCGGAACGCAGACCGGUGUACCUCCAGCGCAGUGCGGAUGAUCUAUACCGGUGGCAGGAGGCCCAUCGGCCAGCGCACCGGCCGUUUGUCGUGCACGACGGACCGCCGUAUGCCAACGGGACUCUGCAUGUCGGCCAUGCUCUCAACAAGAUCCUCAAGGACAUGAGCCUGCGCGUGCAGCUGCAACAGGGCCGCCGCGUGCGCUACGUGCCCGGCUGGGACUGCCACGGCCUGCCGAUUGAGCUCAAGGCGCUGGCGGCGUUUCCGGCCUCACCCUCACCCGUGGCCAUCCGCAAGGCUGCUCGCGACCUCGCUGCCCGCACCGUGCUCGAGCAGAUGCGCGAGUUUCGCCGCUUCGGCGUCAUGGCCGACUGGGACGGCCGCUGGCGCACCAUGGACGCAGCCUACGAAGUCCGCCAGCUGCGCCUCUUUCAGCAGCUCGUCCACAAGGGCCUCAUCUACCGUCGCUACAAGCCCGUCUACUGGUCGCCAUCGUCGCGCACCGCCCUGGCCGAGGCCGAGCUCGAGUACAGCGACCGCCACCUCUCGACGGCCGCGUUUGUUCAGUUUCCCAUUGUCGGCGGUGUCGGCCGCCUCGACUGCCUGGCCGGCCUCCGUCCUGGUCCUCUCUCUGCUGUCAUCUGGACCACCACACCCUGGACCCUGCCGGCGAAUGAGGCUAUUGCCGUGCACCGCGACCUGGACUAUGCCGUCGUCCGGAUCCGGACCGACAGCUCCGAUGCCCCCGAAUACCUGCUCGUGGCCGAGGCCUGUCUCGAGACGUUCAGCAGCAUGUGCUGCCGCGAGCCGGACAUGCUGUCAGACGUCGUCGCGCGCGCCAUUCCCGGCUCCGACCUGCUCGGGCUGCAGUACGUCAAUAGUCUGCGCGGUCGCAGCGCCCAGCCCCAGCCCAUCAUCCACGCCAGCUUCGUCACGGCUGGCUCGGGCUCGGGGCUGGUGCACAUUGCACCUGGUCACGGCUUUGAGGACUACGAAGUCGGCAUGAGCCACGGGCUGCCGGUGCCGGCGCCGGUUGACGGCGAGGGCCGGUUCACGGAUGCCGCCUUUCCAGAUGAACCCGCCCGACUGACCGGCCUCUCAGUGCAGGGCGAGGGCGGCACGGCCGUGCUGGCGCUGCUGGGCUCAGCCGUGCUGGCAACGCACCGGUACCAGCACAAGUACCCGUACGACUGGCGGACGAAGAAGCCGAUUAUCGUGCGGGCGACGGCACAGUGGUUCGCCGACGUGGCCGAGAUCAAGGCCGCCGCCGUGGCCAGCCUGCAGACGGUGCAAUUUGUGCCUGAGGCUGGCCGCAGCCGGCUCGAGAGUUUCGUGCAGGGCCGCAGCGAAUGGUGCAUCUCGCGCCAGCGUGCCUGGGGUGUGCCCAUCCCGGCGCUGCUCGGCGACGAUGGCAGCGUCGUGCUGACCGAGGCCACCGUCGAGCACAUUGUCGACGUCGUGCGCAAGCGUGGCACCGAUGCCUGGUGGUCUGACCCGGCGGACGAGCCGGCUUGGAUCCCGGCCGAGCUGCUGCAUUCGGGCGUAACAUAUCGUCGCAGCACUGACACCAUGGACGUCUGGUUCGACAGUGGCAGCAGCUGGACCCAGGCCAACGACGGCGCCCAGGCCGACGUCUACCUCGAGGGCACCGACCAGCAUCGCGGCUGGUUCCAGUCCAGCCUGCUAACGCGUGUGGCUGCUCUCGGCGAUUCCGAUCUCCAGCCCGACGAUCAGUCGCUGGCCCCUUUCAAGACGCUCGUCACCCACGGCUUCCUUCUCGAUGGCGACGGCAAGAAGAUGUCCAAGUCGCUGGGGAACAUUGUGCUGCCGGCCGAGGUCAUGGACGGCACGCUGCUGCCGCCGCUGAAGCCGCGCAAGGGCCGGUCCAAAAAGACGGAAAAGACGGAGACGACUGGAGCGCCUGGAGCGCCUGUAUAUGAUGCCCUCGGCCCCGACGCGCUCCGGCUCUGGGUCGCCACCAGCGACUACACCGGUGACGUGGUCCUGAGUCAGGCCGUGCUGCAGGCCGUCCACACGACCUUGACGCGCUACCGCACCAUGAUCAAGAUGCUGCUCGGCUCCAUGCACGAGUCGGCCCGCAUCGCCCCGCUGACCACUCUGGACCAUAUGGCCGUGCUGCAGCUGCGCGACGCCAUGGCCGAUGUGGCCGCUGCUUUUGCCCGCUUCGAGUUCUACAAGGGCAUGGCCGGCAUCAACCGCUGGCUGGCCAACGACCUGUCGGCCUUUUACCUCGAGGCCGCCAAGGACCGGCUGUACUGCGCCGAUGGCGGCGGCGUGCUCGAGCCCAUCUUCCUCGGCCUGAUGCGCAUGCUGGCUCCGGUCGUGCCCAUGCUGGUCGAGGAAGCCUGGGACCACGCGCCGGCCUGGCUGACAGAAUCCACUCUCCAUCCUCUGCGAGAGCUGUACAAGGCGCCGCUCAUCGAUGUUGCCCGGCUGCCCGGCGACGAGGCCCAGUUGCGCCAGGCCAUACCCGUGGUCAUGGCGGCUCACGCGGCUGUCAAGGCGGCGUCUGAGCGUGCCCGCACAGACAAGGUCCUCGGCUCGUCGCUGCAGUGCUCCGUCGUGCUGGAGGUGCCCGUCUCGUCGGCGGCCGAACUACUAAACGAACUCGGAGCCGAGCUCGAUGCCAUGUUUGUCGUCUCGUCUGUGGCCGUCAAUGCGGCCGUACCUGACCACGACUCGGUGGCCUGGCGCUAUGCAGCGCCAUUCGAGGUCGCCGGCGACAACUGCACCGCCUGGGUGCUGCCACCACGGCAGGCCAAGUGUCCACGUUGUUGGCGCUAUGUGGCCGAGGAGGAGGACCAGCUGUGUGGACGCUGUGCCGACGUGGUCAAUCACCAGGCAACAUGCAUGUAA